UUAGGUAGAUCUAAGUUUGCAUAAGGAGUAUUACCUUUCUUAAAGAAACAGCCUGGUUUCAUUAUCAUCAGUCUAAGGGAUAAUCCAAAAUAGUUUUUAAAGCAGUCUAAAUAUCCUCAGUGCCUUUUGAAUCAAGUAGCUUUGUCCCCAGGUGACUUACUUGGAAACUCAAGACGGAGAAAGGUAAGAGCAGGUAUGAAGGAACUUGCGGAAGACCAUUCACACAGUGAUGGGCCAUUCGCUUUUGGUUUUUGUCUGUCAAACAAGUGCCAAGAGUUCUGUUCUAUGUUAACUACCAACCUUGUUUGUCUGUUGAAGAACAUGGUGUUAUCCUGACAUAAAACUGUUCUUCCCUCCAGAGUGUUUAAUUCCUGAGGCAAUGAUAUUAACAAAAAAAAAGCAAAUAAUAGAAAACAUUUGUAUACUGUUUACUGUGUCAGUGACUGUUCCAAACACGCUGCAUGUAUUGAGUACCUGAAAUCUCACACCAACCCUAUGAAUUAGGUAUUCUUAGUAAGCCUAUAUGAGGAAACAGACAAUUUUUUAAUAGAGUAAUAAUGGGCAUUUUGGCUUCAAAUACAGGUUUCUGUUUGGAUACACUAAGGCCCAGUUGUAAUGUGGAGGAUUCUACCCACUAAACAAGAGUUUCUAAACAUUUUGAAGCUUUUAAAUUUUCCAUUGCAGCCCCUGUGCCAGGAACUCUACCUCCAGUGAACUGCUGGAAGAAAGUGUAGUUUCACAUUGUUAAGCAUGACUGCCAUAAACACAUUUAAUUUCUCAGAACUUCUAGUGAUGGCUCAUGGAACUCUGGGUUUGGAGCAUCAUAUAUUCCUAGCUGAGAGAAACCUUAUAACUGGCCCAACCUCUCAGAAAAAUGUGCAUAAAGUCACACAGCACAUUAAUGAUGAACCCAGGCCACAAACCCUGGACUCCUGACUCCCAAUUAUUUUAAUCUUUGUACUUUUCUGCCCUUGUUAAACACAAUUAAGAAACCUACCAAGUGUGCUAUCCAGCUAAAGUAGAAAAAUGAAAUGGACAGUUAAAACUAUUAAGCUAAUUCAUAAAUUCUCAUGGCUGGAAGCUCUUAUUCACUUUCACUUGGAAAAAUAGCCAGAGCUCAUUUGAGGGCAACUGUAGUAGAGAAGAAUUAAGAGCAGAGCAUGCAUAGCACAGUUGUUACAUUACAGGGGAAUAACUGGGGGAAAAAAAUGACUUAAAGUGGAAACAAACUUUAAGAUAUUCAAAUAAGAGCAUGACAAGGACCUGGGAAUUUUGAGGUUUAAAUCUAAUAAGAUAGGCUUAAGUGGUAGAUUGUCUGUUCUAGGGCUUGGGCUUUGGCAGUACCAGGCUGGUUAAGGUGUCAUGGUAUCAGCUUGCAAAUGUUCUGGUUGAAGCUGUACCAAAUGAGAUUCAGGGAUUCUGAUUUAGCUGACACUGAAUGAAUACUUGUCAUAUACUUGGCGCUGGUCGUGGACAAGACACAAUCUCUGCUUUAUUAAGGAUAUUCAGAAGUAGCCAAGAGAAGAAAGUAACAAGGGACUAAUAUACAAGGAACUAAGCGCUCUCAUGGAGAUACGGGAGACGCGCUGCAGACAUACCAAGAGGAGUGCUGUUCACUUUGACUAGAAGCAAGGCUUCCUGGAAAAGGUGCUACCUUUUUACCUACACUUAAGUGACACAAAAUGCCCUUCAAUGGCGAGAAGCAGUGUGUGGGAGAGGACCAGCCAAGCGAUUCUGAUUCUUCCCGGUUUUCCGAAAGCAUGGCUUCGCUCAGUGACUAUGAAUGCUCCAGGCAGAGCUUUACAAGUGACUCCUCCAGCAAAUCCAGCUCUCCUGCUUCAACAAGCCCUCCAAGGGUUGUAACAUUUGAUGAAGUGAUGGCUGCAGCAAGGAACUUAUCAAACUUGACUCUUGCUCAUGAGAUUGCCGUAAAUGAGAACUUUCAAUUGAAACAAGAGGCCCUCCCAGAAAACAGUUUGGCUGGUCGAGUGAAGCACAUUGUUCACCAGGCCUUCUGGGACGUCUUGGAUUCAGAACUAAAUGCUGACCCUCCUGAGUUUGAACAUGCCAUCAAACUGUUUGAAGAAAUCAGAGAGAUUCUUCUCUCUUUUCUGACUCCUGGUGGCAACCGGCUUCGCAACCAGAUCUGUGAAGUUUUGGACACAGACCUCAUUAGGCAGCAGGCUGAGCACAGUGCUGUUGACAUCCAAGGCUUAGCCAACUAUGUCAUCAGUAUGAUGGGAAAGCUGUGUGCUCCCGUGCGAGAUAACGAUAUCAGAGAGUUAAAGGCCACUGGCAACAUUGUGGAGGUGCUGAGACAAAUAUUCCAUGUCCUGGACCUCAUGGAAAUGGACAUGGCCAAUUUUACAAUUAUGAGUCUCAGACCACACCUUCAACGCCAGUUGGUGGAAUAUGAGAGAACCAAGUUCCAGGAAAUUUUGGAAGAAACUCCAAGUGCUCUUGAUCAGACUACAGAAUGGAUAAAAGAAUCUGUAAAUGAAGAAUUAUUUUCUCUUUCUGAGAGUGCUUUAACUCCUGGGGCUGAAAAUACCUCCAAGCCAAGCCUGAGCCCUACUUUGGUGCUAAAUAAUAGUUACUUGAAACUGUUACAGUGGGAUUAUCAGAAAAAAGAAUUACCAGAGACACUCAUGACAGAUGGAGCACGUCUUCAGGAACUGACAGAAAAGCUGAAUCAAUUGAAAAUUAUUGCCUGCCUGUCCCUAAUUACCAACAACAUGGUGGGUGCUAUUACAGAAGGCCUGCCUGAGCUUGCAAGCAGGUUAAAAAGGAUUUCAGCUGUUCUACUUGAAGGCAUGAACAAAGAGACCUUUAACUUGAAGGAAGUCCUGAAUUCUAUUGGUGUUCAGACUUGUGUUGAGGUUAACAAGACCCUGAUGGAAAGAGGUUUACCCACUUUAAAUGCUGAGAUUCAAGCUAAUCUUAUAGGUCAAUUUUCAAGCAUUGAAGAGGAGGACAAUCCUAUCUGGUCCUUGAUUGAUAAACGAAUUAAGCUUUACAUGAGAAGCCUACUUUGUCUUCCAAGCCCUCAAAAAUGCAUGCUUCCUAUGCCAGGAGGCCUAGCUGUCAUUCAGCAGGAGCUAGAAGCCCUAGGCUCUCAAUAUGCAAGCAUUGUGAAUCUCAACAAACAAGUGUAUGGACCAUUUUAUGCAAAUAUACUUCGAAAGCUGCUCUUCAAUGAGGAAGCCAUGGGGAAGGUAGAUGCUUCACCUCCUACUAACUAAAGAAGAACUGACAUUGGAUGAGAGAUUGGAAAUCCAGCACUUUGGUAUCCAGUCCACUUCCACUGAUGGCAUUAGAGAUCCAGCACAUUCUCAGUACUGUGGUGCAGUAUUAGCCCAAAUCUGUGUAAUGGGUAAUAUUAGCAUUACAGAAGACACACACAUAACAUAGACCCUCAGAAGACAUAAACAUCACAUAGACCCUAUUUGUGCAUCAUUUUCAAGUUUAAAACAGACAUUUGUAAUGAACAGAAAACAAUUUGUAAUUAAUUAUAUUACCUACAUAAUACUUGUAAAUGUUUUCUUAACCAUUUAUAUUUGGCUUAUGACGUUCAACCCAUAAGGAGUUGUUUUUCUCACUUGUCAUUAUCAAACCUAAUGAUUUUCAAUUUUGGUAAAACUCCUUAAAGGGCUGAAGGUUGUGAGAAUAACUGAGGGAACUGAUGUUCUGAAUAAAUGAUGUGAAGUAAACA